AUGCCCAGCGAAACAACAACCGCAACAACAACAACAUCGUCGUCAUCGUCAUCGUCAGAAACCCUCGAAGCCGAGAUUUACAAACACCUCACCGAAACCUCUGCGCUCGACGAGCUACACGCCGAGCUCCUCUUCUCGCUCCAACGCGCCGGCUGGACCGAGCGAAUCCAAUCCCUCACCCUCGAUCUUCUGCGCGCCGGGCGCUGCAGUCAAUUCGACGAGCUGGUCGACGUUGUUGUUGCGCUUGCGGCGGGUGAGGCGCAUCCUACUGUGCCCGAGGCGGACAGCGACAGCAGCAACAGUACUACAACAACAACAAAUGGGCAUGGAGGAACGACAAAUGGAGUGGGCUCAUCAGAACCGCUGUUCAACAAUCUGGAUGUGCGGAUACCCAAAGACGUCGUUGAUCAGGGCGUCAAGGCGCUCAAGGACUCGAUACGGCCCAUUGCCACUAUUGAAGGCGACGAGGACACUUCUUCUGCUGCCGAAGCAGACGCACCUAGUAGCCACAACACGUCCAAGUCGGACAAAAAACCCAACAAGACGAGCACCAAAGACUCACGCCUAAAGACUGCUGCCGAUGCCAGUCCUUCAAAGAACGCAGCAGCUAAUAAAAAGGCCAAAUCUGGAGGGAAAUAA